CAACAAAAUAAGCCAAUUUUUUCAUUUAUUGAAGAGUAUCUUGAACAAUUUUCAUCAUUCAUAAAAGAAAAUAUUAUUGUGCAAAAUUUUGAAACUGAUCUGGAUGAUCUUAUUGCACAAUUUUAUUUUAAUUCAGAAGAUUUUUAUAAUAUUUUUCGAUCAGCAUUU